AUGUCAGACGGCGGAUUGGACAGCUCCUCAAAUUUCACGGUGGGAAAUACGCCUCCAGCUCCCGCUGAUCGUGGAGUGUUUAGUCUCUUCUCACUCAAGGGCAGGACUGCCAUCAUUACCGGUGCUGCCAGUGGGAUCGGUCUUGCUGUUGCACAAGCCUACGCGGAGGCUGGGGCAAACGUAGCCAUCACAUAUAACAGCAACAAUGCUGCUCAUCAGGCUGCAAUAGAGAUUGAGAAGACUUUCAAAGUGAAAUGCAAGGCAUAUCAGCUGAACAUAAAGUCCGAAAAAGACGUGUCGCGCGUGGUUGAUCAAAUCGUCAGCGAAUUCAAUGGCCGCCUGGACAUAUUCGUUGCCAACGCGGGCAUUCCGUGGACGCAAGGCGCUGCUCUCAGUGGUGAAAGCUCGCACUACCUGGACGUUGUUCAAACUAAUCUGAAUGGUACAUUCUAUUCUGCAAUGGCAGCGGGCAAGCACUUUCGUCGUCAGCACCUCGAGGGAACCGAUCUGAACGGUAACCCUUUAGACCCUUCGUAUAGUGGUAAAUCUUUUAUUGCGACCGCCAGCAUCAGCGGCCAAAUCGUCAAUAUCCCCCAGCUUCAGACAGCGUACAACGCUGCCAAGGCGGGUGUUACGCACAUGUGCAAAUCCCUGGCCAUUGAGUGGGUUAAAUUUGCUCGUGUUAAUUCCGUCUCCCCUGGUUACAUUGCAACUGAGAUCUCCAACUUUAUUCCGGAGGAUACCAAAGCUAUUUGGAGAAGCAAAAUUCCAAUGGGUCGAGAAGCUACCCCUAAAGAGCUGCAGGGCGCUUAUCUGUACUUGGCCAGUGACGCAGCCUCCUACACAACCGGAUUGAAUAUUGUUGUUGAUGGUGGAUACACUAUCCCUUAA